CUGCUGCCGCGUGACGUCACGAGGUAACAGGAAGCUGCCGCUGCAGCUGCGUGCUUACUGAACUCCGAGGCCAAGCCCGCUUGAGCUGCUGUACCGCUCUCGUUCUCAGAAGCGACCUGCCCACAACAACAACAACAACCACAACAACAACCACAACAACAACCACAACAACCACAACAACAACAACCACCACGAGGAUUGACGACGGGAGGAGAAGGGCACGGUGGGUUCACGGCUCCACAAGCGGCAGCAGCAGCAGCACCAACAGCAGCAGCAGCAACAGCAGCUGCAAGCAGCAGCGAGAACUUGCCGGCCACAUGUCGCUGCGAUGUGUCGCGUUGCUGUUGCUCGUCUCCGUCUCCUUCCAAGGCGUCGAAGCGGCGAUCUCCGUGGCGGUGACCCCGCUGGUGGAGGUGGAGCUGGGAAGUCCGCUGGUGAUCCCCUGCACGGUCACCAGCUCCGUGGGCGAGGAGGUGGUCACCCAGUGGUUCAUCAUUUCACAAUCUUCGCGAACGAGGAUCUCGUACCGCGACGCGCGACUCUUCGUGGCGGACUUGGGCACCGGCUACGAGAGUCGCAUCGACGCUCGCCGCAGCGACUCCGCGCUGGCGCUGAACGCGACGGAGACCGCUGACGAGCGCGACUUCGUCUGCCAGGUGGUGGCGGGGCGCGCCAGCGUGGCCGAAGCCACUGCAAGCGUGCGGGUGUUUUCGGCCCCCACGGUGGCCGUGACGGCGAGCCAGAGGCCCGUGCUGCUCAAGCCCCAGCACCACCACAAGAUCGGUGAAUGUUACGUGCGCAACGCUUACCCAGAGCCCCUCGUCACGUGGUACAAGGAUUCCCUGCCCCUGUGGCCAUCACCUG